GAGCUAUCAGGACCUAGGCACCCCAGGCCCUUUAUAUCCUGCCAUCCAGACUGAGAGGGGUACCUGCGGAUCUUUAGGACCACUCAACAUUUGUAAUAUUUUCUUGCUGGUACAUCCUCUAUACCAUCUAUUCUCUUAUUAUCCAGGAAUCUCUUGGGUACCCAAUGCCUGUCGCUCUGCCUUCCCACAACUCAGACCCUGCCAUGCAGCGGGUGCUUCACGGUCUCUCAGACCUCCCUGCCUCUUCGGAUCUAGAUCUAAUUUUUCUCCAAGGAAUCAUGGAGAGUCCAAAGGCUCAUGAAUGCAUGGAGGAGAUCCGUUUGGAAGCCGUGAGGGAAAAUAAUCUGCAGCUGGUACAGGAGAUUCUACAAGACAUGGCAGGAGUACGAGACCCAAGUGGUGUAGCAGCUGAGCUUCAGGGAAUCCUUCAGGAACCACACUUUCAGUCCCUCUUACAGACGCAUGAUUCUGUUGCUUCGAAGAAUUAUGAGACACCUCCUCCUAGCCCAAUGCUGGACCCCACCCUAAGUAAUCAGCCAGUGCCACCUGAUGCAGUGCGCAUGGUGGGAAUAAGAAAGAGCGCCGGGGAGCACCUGGGUGUGACAUUCCGUGUAGAGGGAGGAGAGCUUGUUAUUGCCCGCAUUCUGCACGGUGGGGUAAUUGAUCAACAGGGCCUCCUGCACGUAGGGGAUGUGAUCCGGGAAGUGAAUGGGAGAGAAGUGGGCAGCGACCCACAGGCCUUGCAAGAGAUGCUCCGAGAGGCCAGCGGCAGCGUGGUGCUGAAAAUACUACCCAGCUAUCAGGAGCAGCAUCCUCUGCGGCAGGUGUUUGUUAAGUGUCACUUUAGUUAUGAUCCUUCCAGUGACAGUCUGAUCCCAUGUAAAGAGGCUGGCUUGCCUUUCAAAGCUGGGGACCUUCUACAGAUUGUUAAUCAAGAGGAUCCCAACUGGUGGCAGGCCUGUCUGGUAAAAGGUGGCACUGCAGGUUUGAUCCCCAGUCAACUACUGGAGGAGAAGAGGAAAGCAUUUGUAAAACGGGAUGGAGAGUUCACUCCUAACUCCAGUGCUUUAUGUGGAAGUAUUGGUGGAAAGAAAAAGAAGAGGAUUAUGUAUGUAACAACAAAAAAUGCAGAGUUUGACCGUCAUGAGCUACUGAUAUAUGAGGAGGUUGCACGUAUGCCCCCUUUCCGCAGAAAGACUCUCAUCUUAAUUGGUGCACAGGGUGUGGGGAGAAGGAGCUUGAAGAACAAACUGCUGACUUCUGACCCUUCAAGAUAUGGCACCACAAUCCCAUAUACAUCUCGUAAGAGAAAAGAAGGUGAAUGGGAUGGCCAAUCAUAUUCCUUUGUAACCCGGGCAGAGAUGGAGCAGGACAUCAAGGCUGGUCGAUAUUUGGAACAUGGGGAGUAUGAGGGGAACCUCUAUGGCACUAAAAUCAGUUCGAUCCAGGAGGUUGUGGCAUCAGGAAAAAUGUGUGUUCUGGAUGUCAACCCUCAGGCAGUGAAAGUUCUGAGGACGGCAGAAUUCGUACCCUAUGUUGUAUUUGUUGGGGCUCCUGACUUCCAGACCCUAAAAUCCAACAAUCUGUCAGCAGUGGAAGUUGGCAUUACAAACAAGCAGCUGACGGAUGCUGAGCUUCUGCGCAUUGUAGAAGAGAGUGAGCGUCUCCAGCAAGCUUACGGCCAUUACUUUGACCUUACUUUGGUCAACUAUGAUCUGGAUCAGACAUUCCAGGAACUGCAGGUGGCAUUGGAGAAACUCAACUCAGAGCCACAGUGGGUUCCAGUCAGCUGGGUCUAUUGAACCUCAAAGUUCUCAUAUUCUCAGUUUAACAUAUUCAGAGUCACAGAAAGGGCAUAUAUAUUAUAUAUUGUUCCUUUACCUACUGAUUCACAUUUGAACAAAGAUUUUACAUUUUGGUUUAUUCUCCCUUCUCUAAGCUAUAAAGAGACAAAGUUUUGACUGAAGCUGUAGAACUACAAAUCCCAGGUAACGGAAAGGAGUAUGGGAUUUGUCAUAUAUAUCUAUGUUUAAUCAUGACCACCUUCAUAUUCAUAUACAUAGAAAUGACAAAUCCAAACAAGUAAGAGCUUGGCAUCUCUUUGGAUGGCAGGGAAUCUGAAAAAAAUCUGUUAUUUUACCCAUUAAAGCAAUCAAUACUGGCUCAAGAACAUGCAUUUACAGUGUUCAUGGGGGUGGAUUUGCUUUUCUGCUGCAGAUGAAGGCAGAUUUUUAAUGCUUCCCCCUCACUUACCAACAUUCAGACUAGGCAAGGAGGCAGGGCUUCAUUUCCAGUUAAAGGUGAACCAUUGCUAGCAGAAAAGUAAAUGUCACUAGUGAUGGGCAAAAUGUUUCACCAGGCAUGGAUUCGCGGCGAAUUUCCGCGCUUCACCAUUGGCGGAUUGUUUCGCGAAAUGGAUGAAAAAAUUUGCCACGGAAAAAUUUGCUGCACGUCCAAAAAUUGUCGCCUGCGUCAAAAUAAUAGUCACGGGCAUCAAAAUAAUAGCCACGGGCGACAAAAUAAUAACCGUGCGACAAAAUAAUAGCCGCGGGCGACAAAAUAAUAGCCGCGCGAGGAAAGAAUAGCCGCUGGCAACAAAAGAAUAGCCGUUGGCGACAAAAUAAUAGCCGUGCGACAAAAUAAUAGCCGCGUGAGGAAAGAAUUGCCGCAUGCGACAAAAGAAUAGCCGCGGGCGACAAAAUAAUAGCUGCGCGACAAAAUAAUAGCUGCGAGAGGAAAGAAUUGCCGCGGUCUACAAUUUUUUUUGACGUGCAAAUUUUCCUCCGUUUCGCGAAUCUUUUGAAAGAUUCGCAAAUUUUUCGGCGAAGCGAAACGGGACAGAUUCGCUCAUCACUAAAUGUCACCCAAAUCAAGGUCCUCAAUUUGCCUCAUGGCAAAAACUCCUCUGAAUCUGUACUACAUCACAGAGGCAGAUAGGUAAUUUGUAAUCAUUUAUUUCAUGUAUUGAACUAAUGAACUAGUAGGAAAUACACAAAGGACACAAUUUUGCAACAAACCAAAAUAUUCUUGAUGACCAUAACUAAGACACCAUGCACAAAUGUAAAUAUUACUGUUUUUUCAAGGAUGCAAGUUCUGUUGAAUAACAGUAUAUAUAUAUAUAUAUAUAGCCCUUGUGUUUAGCCUUAUACUGUAUAACCCAAAAGCUUCUAAGGUUGCUGGUUUAUGGGCAGAUAUUAGCAGUUUAUUGGAUCAUGUGCAGAAGCAGAAUCUUCAUGCUUCCAAUCUAUAUCAACUGGGGCUGGCGGGAAAUUUCCAUUGGCCAUAGAUCACAUUAGCCAUGUGUGAUGUGUGACUGGUGGUAUUUCUCAGGGCAGAGGCAAAAAACAUCAGACCAGCCAUAUUGGGCCCAGCCCAUUGAAUGAAUGGACUUGUUGAGGGUGAUCUUAUAGAACAUUGUAUUUAUAAUUUGCUUAAAGCAUAAAGCAUACUUGGUUAAUUUAUUGUUUAGAGUGAAACACAAUGUUGGAAGUGAAGUAAUGUUUACAUCCUAGAUACAAUUUGUUAUGUAUAAUAUGUGUACUGUGAUAUUAAACGAACACAGGUAAAUAAUGUGGAUUCCGUUUAGAUAAGGAUGCUGCACACUGGAGAAAUGUUAGAGUUAUGUAUGACUAUAUGGUUCUAUAUAGAUACGAGGUAAUAUUUUGCCAUGUAUAGUAACCCAUUACAAUCAAUCAGUAGUUAGCAUUUACUCUAUAGUAUGGCCAAAAGUGUAUUAAUAUAAAGGUGCAAUUCCACACAAGGUUGGAAUGCUUUACCUGUGAAUAACCUUUCCAUAGGUAGGGUUUGAGACAGUGAAGUGACCACCUGCCGUAGGACACGUGGUAUAUCAAUAGAACGGGAGACACUGUAGCACACAAAACAAGUAAAGUUAGUGCUUAAAAGGUGUUUUAAUGGUUCCAUAUGUAGAUUUACACAAGACUUGUGUAUGGAACCAUUUAAGCAAUAACUUCAUGUGUUUGGUGUGCUACAGUGUCUCCUGUUCUAUCAAUAUGAAGAUGGCCCUUCCUUUGUUGCUAUUAAAACCUUUACUCUUCUGGGAAGGUUCCCACCAGAUAUUGAAAUAUUGUUGGUGGAAUUUGCUUCCAUUUAGCUUCAUCACAGCAACUAAUGUUGGGUGCUAAUGUGGGGGAUUAGACCUAACUCAGCCAAUUCAUCCCUUGUGUUGGGUUGAGGUUAGGGGUCCCUGUAGGCCAGUCACAGUCCACUCCCAUCUCAGCAAACCCAUUGUUUAUGGACCUGGCUUUCUGGACAUGGGUAUUAUUGUGCUGGAAAAGGAAUUAAUAUUUCCCCAAACUGUUUCCACAAGGUUGGGAUCAUUGCACCCCGUAGCCUUAAGAUUUGCUUUCAGUGCAAUGGAGGACCCUUUACAAAACCAUAGAACACAGCCCUAUACCAUUAUUCCUUCUCCAGCAAACUUUACUGUUGGCCUUAUGCAUUGAAACAGGUAGAGUUCUCCUGGCAUCUGUCAAACCCAGACUUUUUUGUCAGACUAUAUUUGGUCCUUGAGCUGACAUUCCUUCUGGAGACAGUUUGAAAGUCAACAGUAAUUUUUCCAAUGGAGGACAUGGAUUUUUUUUAGAUUUAGGGGCAGUUUUAUCAAAAUGUGAGAUUACAGCUCACCACAGAAAAAUUCACCCACUUUCUAUUCAUUUAUAUAGAAGUUUUAGAAGUGUGUUUAUCAAACUGUGAAGUCUAACUUUCACUCAUUGCUUAAUAUGUUUCUAAAAUCCCAUAAGAAUAAAUAGGGAGUGGGUUAAUUUUUAAGGGGUAAACUCUAAUCUCAUAUUUUGAUAAAUCUGCCCCUUAAUGUCCAAAUACUUUAGACAUUAGCAGGCCUUACAUCUGUUACUAUAUAACCACCUUCAGUACACUAAUUGAUCAAUUAAGUUUCUAUUAUCUGUAUCUGUUCUAUUAUCUGUUUGUUUAGCCACUUUGAAAACCUCAAGGUAUAUUUUAGUCUAUCAAAUAUCCCUGCCAUUGAUCUUAAGAACAAUCUACCUGUGACCACAUCUACAGUACUGACUAUUAGCUGAAUAAGAAAACUGAGUGUUCCAGUGUAUUUGUGUGAAUAUUUUAGAUUUUAUAUUUUUGACUGAUAUAUUUAAAGAGAUAAAGUAUACUCAAUUUAUUUGUAGACAGUACUGUAUUGUUUCUGUAGAAAUGUGAGGUUUGUAGUGUGAAUACUUUACUAUAGGCUUUUGAGGCCUAAGGUCAGAAAACCCAGUUUGGUUUUCUAUUCACAGCAUAACACUGCCAGAUAUUUGUGAUAUAUUAUACAUUGACCCGAUAAUUCCCAGAAUGUAAUUAGCAUUUUCUCCUUGUAGCAUUUUGUGUUGUAAAUUUCAGAUUUCAAUAAAAAGUUAUAUAUCUCUAUAUAUGAAAUGA